CUUGACUGUCUAGCAGUGCCGUUCUCUACAAUACAAAACUGUUAUCUCAGUACCUCCCUCUGGUUUUCUCCCGUUUGCGCGUGCUCUCCAGUCAGUUUGCCUCAGUGUACCUUCACUGACAUCCAGCGCGCGCGCUUCUCCACCUGAUCACUCUCGCAGUCGCAACGCUGCCUUCGUCGCCCGCUCGCUCUUUCUCUACUGAUCACGUCAGAUCACGUCGGAUUUUUAUUCCUCCGAUUCGCCGACCCCUCCAUCCCACACACGCUCUCUGGUCGCCUGCGUCUUUCCCCUGUACACUCAUGAUCAUAACCUGGCCGAACCGAAGGAUUUCUCUCUCUCGAGCAUGAGAAGGACUGCCAACUCAUCCGCAAUCCAGCAUCAGAGAUUGGGCUACCAGCAUGAACACUGGAUACGUACGCUCAAACAGCAGAAGUUUUUCGCCAACAGAAUAAAACACGGGGGACUUCAAAUUCCAGCCGUAGGGGAGAAUCAGUUUUAGGUCUCCACAGAAUGGAGCGAGAAUGAACAGAGAAAGGCUGCAGGAAAAGCAUGAACUGGAGGGUCAUUGAGGUCACCUGCUUCCUGUUUAUAUGGGGCCAUAUAACAGUUCAGUCUUCCCGCCAGGAUCCGUCCGUUGCCGAGCACCAUGUCUCCAAGCAAUUUGAUUGGCUCAUCUCUGACCGCGGGCCGUUCCAUCACGCGCGGAGCUAUCUCUCCUUUGUGGAUAGAUUCCGGCAAGGAUUUACAACCCGAUACAAGAUCUAUAGAGAGUUUGCGCGUUGGAAGGUGAGGAACACCGCCAUCGAGAGGCGGGACCUGAUCCGGAACCCGGUCCCCCUGAUGCCGGAGUUCCAGCGGAGCGUGCGGCUGCUCGGGCGACGCCCGUCCACCCAGCAGUUCAUCGAGACCAUCAUCAAGAAGUACGGCACGCACCUGCUCAUCUCCGCCACCCUGGGAGGUGAGGAGGCGCUGACCAUGUUCAUGGCCAAGAGCAAGCUGGACAGGAAGUCGAUGAACGCCUCGCAGAGCGUGGAGGCGCUGCACCAGCUCGCCUCGUCCUACUUCAUCGACCGCGACGGGACCAUGAGGAAGCUGCACGAGAUCCAGAUCUCCACCAACGCCAUCAAGGUGACGGAGACGCGCACGGGCCCGCUGGGGUGCAGCACCUACGACAACCUGGACUCGGUCAGCUCCGUCCUGCUGCAGAGCCCCGAGAGCAAGCUGCACCUGCAAGGUCUUCAGGUGAUUUUCCCAGAGUACCUGCAGGAGAAGUUCGUCCAAUCAGCUCUCAGCUACAUCAUGUGCAAUGGCGAGGGGGAGUACGUGUGCCGCGACAGCCAGUGCAUCUGCCAGUGCGCCGACGAGUUCCCACAAUGCAACUGUCCCAUCACCGACAUCCAGAUCAUGGAGAACACGCUCCUGGGAAUGGCUGAGUCCUGGGCGGCCUCAUACAAGGACUUUGAGAACUCAGAUGAGUUUAAGUCGUUCCUGAAGAGGCUGCCCUCCACCCACUUCCUGCCGGUGAGCAGCGUGCACCUGCUGUGGGGCGGGGACUGGGACCUGCAGGCCCGGUACCGGCUACUCCAGAGCUCCCUGGAGGCCCAGCGGCUCAAGAUGCAGCGCACCGCCCGCAAGCUGUUCGGCCUCAGCAUCCGCUGCCACCACAACCCCAACCACCAGAUGCCCCGGGAGAGGUCCGUGCUGCAGUGGCUGAACCGGGUCCAGUCCUUCCUGUACUGCAACGAGAACGGGUUCUGGGGCACCUUCCUGGAGAGCCAGCGGACGUGCGUGUGCCACACGGGCGUCAGCCUGUGCCAGCGGCCCGUGCCCUGCGUCAUCGGCGGCAACAACAGCUGCGCCAUGUGCAGCCUGGCCAACAUCUCGCAGUGCGGCUCCUGCAACAAGGGCUUCAAGCUGUACCGGGGGCGCUGCGAGCCGCAGAACGUGGACUCGGAGCGCAGCGAGCAGUUCCUCAGCUUCGAGACCGACCUGGACUUCCAGGACCUGGAGCUCAAGUACCUGCUGCAGAAGAUGGACUCCCGCCUCUACGUCCACACCACCUUCAUCAGCAACGAGAUCCGCCUGGAGACCUUCUUCGACCCCCGCUGGCGGAAGAGGAUGUCGCUGACCCUCAAGAGCAACAAGAACCGCAUGGACUACCUGCACAUGGUCAUCGGGCUCUCCAUGAAGAUCUGCCAGAUGCGCAACAGCAGCGUGGACCCCAUGUUCUUCGUCUACGUCAACCCCUUCAGCGGCAGCCACUCGGAGGGCUGGAGCAUGCCCUUCGGCGAGCACGGCUACCCCCGCUGGGAGAAGGUCCGCCUGCAGAGCUCCCAGUGCUUCAACUGGACCCUCCUGCUGGGCAACCGCUGGAAGACCUUCUUCGAGACGGUGCACAUCUACCUGCGGAGCCGCGCCAAGGUGCCCAGCACCCUGCGCAACGACACGGGCCAGGGCCCCGUGGACCUGUCGGACCCCAGCAAGCGGCAGAUCUACAUCAAGAUCUCGGACGUGCAGGUGUUCGGCUACAGCCUCCGCUUCAACGCCGACCUGCUGCGGAGCGCCGUGCAGCAGGUCAACCAGUCGUACACGCAGGGGACGCAGUUCUACUCCUCCUCCUCGGUCAUGCUCCUCCUCCUGGACAUCCGGGAGCGGAUAAACCGCCUGGCCCCGCCCGUGGCCCCCGGCAAGCCGCGGCUGGACCUGUUCUCCUGCAUGCUCAAGCACCGGCUCAAGCUCAACAACAGCGAGAUGAUCCGCGUCAACCACGCCCUGGACAUGUACAACACGGAGAUCCUCAAGCAGUCCGACCACCUGACCACCAAGCUCUGCUGAGGACUCGCUAGACGAAACGCACUAAACGAAAAAAAAUAAACGAACGAAGGAAUGAACAAAAAAAAAUCUAAAAUUCUAUUAAAUGAAACGGAAAAACGUUUGGAGAAAAACAGAAACUUUCCUUUAUAUUUAUUUCUUCUUUCUUUUGGACAUUUUUUUUGUUCUACUUUUUUGAUGUAAUAUUGAAAACUUUGUAAAUGUAAUUGUUAAACAGAGAAAAAAAAAGCUUAAAGGGAAAAAGAAAGAGCGUUUUAGUUUGGAGAAGGAUGGAGAUGAACUUUAAAAAACCAUUUAACAAGACUGUACCAUAUUUGUCAAAAGCAUGUCUGUCGUUUCCUAAAAGAACAUAAAGAAAGGAAAAAAAAAAACAUCUGGAGACUGAGGCCUUGACUUUACUCUGAGGGAACCGUGGGACAUCAAAACUGCCAUUCUUAACUUUAAAAAAACAUUUUUAAAUGACCUUUAUUUUAACAAAAUGGCAUUUUGUCUAUGUGCAGAAUGGGUGACAAAUGUAUGUAUCGUUUAAAACAAACGUUUUAUUAAGAAUAUACGGAUAAAUAAUGUCCCGGUCGGUAUUGCUUUAUCUACAUGGCUUGGCGCAAGGAGUCUCUCCUAGCACAGUCUCAAGCAGAGACCGAUUAGCAUCGCAGUUGCACACAGUUCAACACAAAAGCCACUCGCUCCCUUUUCACGGAACAGGACACAAAAGCCAGCCCAGCUGCGCCGCAUUGUUUGUUUUUUUUUUUGAAAACGCGGAAGUCGUCCGCUUUUUCCCCCCCCCCCUUUAUUUUAAUCCGCUCGGCGAUUAGCGGCGUUUGUUUUGCGGACGAAUCGCGGGUCGAACGAGCGGGUUUCACCGCGAGCGGGUCACCGCCAGUCCACAGCUGGCGAAACGAACGGUGAA